GUAUAAUUGCUUCUGUUAUUUUUGUCGAACCGGGAUGAUACCUGUUAAUUUAUCAACGUGACAAGCUUGAGGUUUUAAUUUUCGAUGGUUUUGCAUGGCUGUUUAAAUUGUUUUCUUGAUUUAACAAUAAUUUUGUUUGUAAUUCUGGUUUUUGGUUAUUAUUUUUCAUGCUUGCAUGUUUCUAAUUUCAACUUAAUUAGAUUUUCUUUUAAUUAUCAGCCUUUCAUUAUUUAUAUAUGUAAGUUCCUUUGUAUUAUCAUCUUUUAUUGUAUAUAUAAUUAUUUUGUGGGUGCUGCUUUGUUGUGUUUGUGUGGAUUGGAGGGUUUAUCAUUAGGGUUGUUUGAUGUCUAGGGGUUUACGACCUUUAUCUUUUUUCCUUUUUAUAGUAGAGGUUUGUAAUUGUUUAUCUGUUGCCGUUGAUUAUCGAUGUGGAGUCAUCUAUUCUGUGCUGAACGUGUUUUUGACACGAUUUAUUUAUUUGUUUUUUUAUAUAUUUUAUGAUUGAAUGUCCAGGUCAUUAGAAUUUGGUCAAUGGCCCGAAGUUAUACACGGCUAAAGGUCAAUGGUCAAUGUUCUAAUGUUCCGUACAUAAAAAGGAAAAGUGUUAUGGAAAAAAAAUAAAGUUACUCCAGAUUAUGUGUAUGUCCUCCCCAACUCUUUUUUUUCGUGUCAAAUAAAUGCUGAAUUGGCAUGGGAAAAAUGGGUGAAAAAAAAAUCUUAAAUGGAAGUUGAGUUGGUUCUCAAAAUUUGCGAAGUUACCUAACGGAAUAAUCAUAAGUGGUAAGCACGAAAGGUUUGAAAAUGAUAAUUUACUUGUUUUGUGCGCAAAUCUUUUAAAAAUCAUGGUUCGUCAUAGUCAAUUAAUAUCUGUAUGUAUUUGGGUUUUCGCUUAUUAUUAUUAUUUGUUGGGUUUUUCACUAAGAAGGCAAAUUCGUCAAAAUAGCUUGAGAGUAAUGGGCCGGCUUAAGAGAACAAUAGGCGCAUACAAGGCACGUAGGAUAUAUAUUUAUAUAGAAAAGCCCGUAAUGUUAGGCAACAAUUUCCAAUCGAUGAAGACGAAGACGAGCUCGCCCUCUUCUUAACAGUUGACUCAAUGGUGCCUAUGGUGAACCGUUGGUGUUUAUUGAAGUGCCCUUGUUUACAAUCUAACCUUGUAAUUGUUUUUGGUGGCAGUGGUGCAAAGUUAGGGCACAUGAUGUUUUUACACUUGAUCUCUGAACUUCAGCUUAUUGAUAAUGUGCAGGUAAGAAAAAUGGGUAAAUCUAAGAAUAUUAAUGUGAAUAAAAGGGAUGUGUUGAAGUGGAUGCAGCCUAUGGAUGAUGUUCUAAUUGAUGCACUGUUGCACCAACAGAGCCUGGGAAACAGGGUUGAUAAGGUUUUCACUACAAUGGCAUAUGAGAAUAUGGUGAAUGAAAUGCAUGAAGGGAUUGGGAUGCCAAUUGAGAAAGGUCACCUGAAAAUCGUAUAAAAUUCUGAAGCAUAAUUUUGGGUGUUAUGACCAUUUCAUGCAAAACUGGCGUCUGCUGCUAUUCAGAUGGGACUGAUGUUAGCUUGGGAUGGAGGGUUUUGACGAUUGAUUAUUGAAUCAAAUUGCCAGUUGGCAGUGAAUAAGAUUAAGGGCAAUGUUCAAGUGACAGAUCCUUGUUAUCAUGUAAUUCAUCAAUGUCAAUAGUUUCUCAGUAGAGAUUGGAACUGCAAGUUUCAACAUAUUUUUAGAGAGGCAAGCUUUUGUGCGGAUUAUAUGGCUAGCUGGGCUUUUUGGUUAAGGUGGUAUUCUGUAUGUUUUAACUGAUCCUACUUUAGGAAUUGUCAAGUUGAUGCAGGGGAUAUGUUAGGGGUAGCAAGGCUUAGAGCCUUAAGAAUGUAUGUGGUAUUCCACUCUUCUGUGCCCAAAAAAAAAAAAGGGAAAAGUACUUGUGGAGGGUUAGAGGCUGAGAGCCUUGUUUGGUUGCCCAGCUGAGGAGCGCAAGGAAUUUUUAUUGCAGUGGUUAUUACGGGUGCUGGGAAAAAUGGAAAAGGAAGGGGUUGUACUGCAUAUAAGAUGUUUGCUAAUUUAUCAUUUAAUGAUGUACCGGUAGCACUAAUUUUUUCUUUGUUUAAUUUUUCUUUUUUGGUUGAAUGACCAUUUACCAUGAAAGGGAAAUCAUUAUAAUAGCACACCCAUAUGAUUACCUGCUACAUGGAGCCGAAAUGACUGUUAUAAUACAUACAUAUAAUAGAAGAUACAAACAAGUAAAUGGUCUGAUGUUUCCUUCAUUGAUGAAUUUAUACUCUUAUUAUUUUUUUUUUUUUUUGUGUUUAAGAAAAUCAAUUGUAUAUUCUUUUGGCCCAAUGAUUUUUUUAUUUUGUUUUGUCACCAAAUUAUACACAUUCGGCCCAAUGAGGGGUAAGACUAAGAUAUUUUGGCCCAAUGCAGCCUAAUGAGGGGUAAGACUAAGAUUUUAUUUAACCGAGAUAUGAGA